AUGCUAAUUCUCGUUGUGGCAGACGCACAUAUUCCGGACCGGGCGAUUGACGUGCCCGAACAGUUUCGCAAGCUGCUGAUUCCGGGCAAGAUCGAGAAGGUGGUGGCCCUGGGCAACGUGGCUGGGACCAAGACCCAGAAGUUGCUGCGGUCAAUCACGUCGGACGUCGUCGGUGUGAAAGGAGACAUGGAUACAGAUUUACAGUUACCGCUAACGCAAACCAUAGAGGUUGAGAAUCUGCGCCUAGGUCUUGCCACUGGCCUCAGUAUCAUCCCGGACGGCGACCCAGAGGCCCUGCUCAUAGCGUCGCGCCAGAUGAACGCCGACGUCGUGCUGUGGGGCGGCUCCACAAACGUGGACACUUUCGAGCUGGACGGCAAGUUUUUCCUCAGCCCAGGCUCCUUGACCGGCGCCCAAUCGGCCGAGUCAGUCUCGUCAAUACCGAGCUUUUGUUUAUUAGAUCUAAAGGGCAAACAGUGUGUCGUCUACAUCUACAGUCUGGAAAAGAACCUCGUCAAGGUCGAAAAGGCCGUCUACACCAAGGAAUAG